GUGUUCCUCAUCAUGGACUUCACUACCUCCUUCUAUAGGGCACUCGUGUACUGCGACGAGAUCCUGCCCCAUGGCGACGAGAUCAUCGAGCUCCAAAUCUCUUCAAAAGCAUCCCAAAAGCCGCCUGAUCCUGAGUCCAUCUUGAUGCGAUGGGAUGACUUGGUCCGCCUUCCCCCGGAUGAGCGACAGCAUUUGAGCAUGAAGGCACGGCUCUGGGAAAUACCUAGUAGCCCUCACAGGCAGUGGCGCCUGUAUCAUUGCGACAUUCGAACCGUUUGGGCUACAUAUCGAGAGUACUGCGAUGUCGUCCCUGCGAGUGUCUGGGAGGUCGAAAAGCGGAUAGUGUCUGAGCGUGUUACACAGACCAUGGAAGGCUUACAGCAGAUGCAGCUGUGCAGUGAUUAUCAGAAGAGGGCAAUCAUCAGCCACAAGACCUCGGCAAUUCUUGCUACCAAAGCGGAAAGUCUCCACGAGCUUUGGUCAUUACAAUAUGGUCCGAACCACUACCAGAGUUUGGCGUGGCAAACGAUCGCUGGCUCGGAGAGAAAGUCUGCGCGGGCAAAGAGACGGCCCUGGAUGAAAGAGGAGUUUUGGGAGUCAUUGGGCCGCGAUGAAUUUCCUGCUGUCCUAAAGGCCGUCUGGAGCCCCGACCGAUACUGGUCUGAAACCAACGGACUGGAAGAGGGCAUCGAUGAACUAAAGGAGCAGUGGGUUUUACAGCACUGCUAUUGAGUAGGGCAAAUCCCCUGUUUUCGGGCCAAUUCAACACAGGCAUGCCUCCAGGCUAAGUGCUUGCUCGAGA